AAUCAAGCGUAAGCCGUGUGUAGCCAUCAUCGCUGGCAAAUGCAAAGAAGGUUGUGUGGCUGCCUGCGCAAGCCCGAGCAUGACACAGAAAAUAUUUUGCCUCAGGCACAAACUGUGGAGUGUGGCAAGCGCUCAGCCACAUCAAGCUGGGAACGACGUCAGGGUUGACUUGCGCUGUGCCUCAGUGCCUGGACCAGUACGACCCCGCAAGGCUGCGAUUGAGCUCUCCUGUAUGAGACACAUCCCACCCUGAUCCCCACGCCGAGCUCCAAGAGCUCGUACACGAAGCGGUUGUCACCAACGAUGCCGGCCUACAACUCCAUCUUCAACUCAGACCCGAACCAGCCGCGGCUGGUGGGCAACUUCCCCCUCUUCCCGCUGCGCACCAAGAUCCGCGGGCCCGUGUACCCGUUGCCGUUCCCCGAUCCGCCGCUUCCCGCAAACGAGUCGCCGGACCCGGACUCAGAGAGCUACGACAUCCUGGACGAAGUACUGGCACUGUUCCGAGCCAACACCUUCUUCCGCAACUUUGAGAUCCAGGGCCCUGCCGAUCGCUUGCUCGUCUACGGUAUCUGGUUCGUCUCGGACUGCUUGUCCAAGAUUAAGCCGAACGCUACCUUGCGCGAGGCGACCAAGGAUGUCAUGAAUCUGGCGCUAGACCUGAACUUUGCCAUCCCUGGCGAUCCGGCAUGGCCUUUGAAUCAGAUGUACGAACCGCCCCGCGACAGGCAAGACGCAGAGAUCCUCCGGCAAUACAUGUCGCAGGUCAGGCAAGAGCUGGCUACAAGGUUAUUGGCGAGGGUAUACGACGAGGGUGACAGCAAACCUAGCAAGUGGUGGUUGAGCUUUACGAAGCGGAAGUUCAUGGGCAAAGGGUUAUGAUCGUUCACUUCGGUGAACCGUCUGAAAAGAGGGCGCUGCCUGAUAAGAUGCGCGAAACAGGGCCAUGAAGCGCAGGGCGGUAAAGGCAUUUACUAUUGUCCACAAACCCAGCAUGGACGUAAUUGUACAGUGGUAUCCUGCGAUAUGCCCCAUGCCUAUUAAACCAAGAUCAUUCAACGCCCACCUCAGCCCUCAUGCUACUGUUUUCAGUCCCUUCCGAGCCGACCUUCCGCCGUUUGAACUUGCCCUUAGCAGCGACCUUACCCUCAGCCGGCUUGGCUCUCCACCCAGUAAACACAAACCCAUCCGGGCCGCCCCGUUCCGUC